AUGGACGUCGCUGUUGUACCAAAGUUCAAUACGGGAUUGGACCAUCGUCUGCUUCGAGGAAGAUUUUCCUUCACAAGGAGAGCAGAGAAAGCCGCCAAGUUCAGAGGGAAAAAUCCCAGGACUAUCAUCAAUUGGGAUCUCUUCGCUACGUUAGCCGGCUUUUGGGAAGAUUCCGCAAUGGACAACAUCGACGAGGAAUAUGACCGGCUCGUUGAACACGUUCACGACUGUGCGAAGAAGGCUGAGAGUUUUAAAACGACCAAGAGACGCUUGUCUCUUCAAACUCUUGAGCUGAUACGCCAGCGUGGAGCAGCACGAGCCGCAGGGAACCUCAGACUCAGAUUCGAGCUCGCAAGGCUUUGCAGAGAGACGAUAAAGGAAGACGUUAAAGAGAGAAGAGCAGAAGUGCUGGCUGAAGCUGCAGAGGCGGGGAAAAGCAUCCUAUGCCCGUCGAGACUUCGCCAGUCGCAAGACGAGGAUGACUGCUCUCCGGAACCCGAAGGGAACAGCCAUUGCAUCGAGAAGGGGGAUGGAGAAAAUCAUCUACGACUUCUACUCUGA